AAUUCUCACGGCGGAGAUAAUCAGUCUCCGGCCACCGUAAUGUCGACAAUUCCUUCACCUUUACCGCCGCAAGCUCCAUCAAACCAUUACGUCACGCCGCCUCUCACGGUGAUCCUCACCGUAAUCCUCCUCGUCUUCUUCUUCAUCGGUUUCUUCACUCUCUAUUUCUGCAAGUGUUUUCUCGACACCUUGAUGCAAGCUUGGCGUAUCCAACACGGCGGAGAAGCCGGAGCAACCGACAAUCCUCUCCAGCCACCGGAUGCUCCUCCGGUCAAUCCCGGCCUCGAGCUUCGAAUCAUAAACUCGUUUCCUACUUUUCCUUAUUCCUCCGUCAAAGAUCUCCGGGAAGAGAAAUACGGCCUCGAAUGCGCCAUAUGUUUGCUCGAAUUCGACGGAGAUCACGUGCUACGUCUCUUGACCACGUGUUACCACGUGUUUCACCAAGAAUGCAUCGAUCUUUGGUUCGAAUCUCACAAAACUUGUCCUAAAUUCUCGAGAUCACAUUCUACGGGACAUUCAAUAGUAAGAAAUAAACCGGAGGAAGAAGAUAAGUAUACAUUGAGAUUACCGGAGCAUGUGAAGAUUAAGGUUACAAGAGGACAUAGCCAAACAGAGAGUUGUGUUACUUUUGCUGAGCUUGUUAGAAACAGAGGAUAUGAUCAUCGUCGGUUUGGUGAAGUCUCCGAUCAAACGGUUGCUACACAAUCGGUAGAAAUUUUAACUUGA